UUCAAGGCAUUCACAAGGUUCUCUGCCUAUUUAUUCACCUGCUGCUGCCUUCUGGCUUUACAAACUGUAGUAAUUUCUUUUGCAUUCUUUUGUCUGACAUCUUUAUCCAAAAUGGCCAAGCACUUCCUGAGUUCAGAAAUGCUAGAAUAUGCAUUCCAUCAUAUAUUCUUACCCCCUAAGCUACCAAAUGGAGACGAUAGAUCUCCUGCGAACGAGUUAUGCCUCAUUGAGCUGGUCAGAGAUUCCUUGACCGAGUUUCUACCAAAGACAGAUGCUAGCAACCAUGACGCUAUCAAGAGUGCGGUGGCCUUGAUGAAAAACAUGCAUUAUGUCACAGGUCCAGACGGAUAUCUGCAGGAAGAUGGUGUGAGAGCCGUGUUGAAACAGAUAGGUCCUCAUAGUCCUUCAAAAUCCCUUGCAUCAUUGCAUAUCACAGCUCAGAAUGCAGGCGUCAUGCUUCGCUUGGAUAAUGAUUCUGUCACAUUCGAGAUGUUCGAACUUUGUCCAACCAGCGGGUCUGUCUACUCAACCAAAGGACGCCUAAUCCGUCAAUUUCCCGCCGUUGCGGUGUGUAUCCCUGUCAACAUCUAUGCAGAGGAUGAUUUCCAAGAUGUCUUGGCCAAGACUCUCGUGAAGAUGAGCUAUCAAACAGUCAGCGAAGCACUUCCAAAAACUAAGAAAGCUAAGCAAUAUCAUGCCGAGGAGCGAGAUACAGUCGACCCAAAGAUAGUUACAGAGCUGUUAUAUGGCUUCCUACGGGGCAUAGGGAGCGAGGCCAACGUAGCUGGGAUCACAAAGAAUACACGAGAAGAAGUGUUGUGGGAGCAAAGUAAACUUCCUUGGAGGCGAUCUGCCGUAUGGCUUCUCAUUCGAGUUUCUCUUCAGCUCACUAUGGACCGUGUUGCUGUUGGCUCUGAGGAGCUCUACAAAUCUUUCAUCAUUUUUCUUUUGUCUCGGGUUCUUAACGCUGCAACAAAUGACAUGAUGGUUAGUGAAAUCCUCAUGACAAUGUCAGCCAAAAUUUCUCGACGCCUUUUGAAGUUGGGGCACCCCGCAAACGGGACAUGGUUGACAGAUGUGCACGAAACUGUGUCCAUUGCGACGAAAUUUGUAGAUGACCGAUGGUAUCAAAUACGAAAUGAAGCUAAGUCGCAAUUUGAUCUUACAAGCCUGCAAAAUCUCAACAUGGCUGGCGAUACAAGCAUAUCUAUCCCAGGACUGAAAGACUUCAUCUCGUCUAUAUCGGAACGUCGCAAUGGCAGCCAAGUAUCAUCAUUCUGUCCGAAAUCGGGUAUUACAGCCUUUGGACCCGAGAAACUUCCUAGUAUCUCGGGCCAGAUCGAUAAAAACGAAUGUCCUUUUUAUCUUGCUAUGGUAGAAUCGUGGGUGGCCACACACCUUAGCGAUUGGAUUAAAAAACACGUCGGAGACGACUCGGCUUGCAUAGAUCUAUUCAAUUUGAUGCAAAACUAUCAUGCAGUGGGUAGGGGUUGGUAUUCAAGCCGCCCAGAAGGAGCAUCUAGAAUGAUUCUUGUCAUUCUGGAGCUCUGGGUUGCUGCCGAUAAAGCCGCAAUCCAUGAGUUCCCACAGCUUGAAAAAUUUGAACAUGAGAUUCCUAUCGAAGUAUUUCAAUCUCUGCUGUUUGGAUUCAGAAGAGAUAUGGAAAGGCUUCAUCUGGUUCAAACAUACCUCACAAAGCGGCGAGAUCUUGCGCGACCAAAAAAGAACCUGUCAAUUUUCUCCUCUUACGGCCAAAGAGGGUCCUUCCCGGUUGAGUACUUUUCGCAGUCGCCAGCCCACCAAAAUCUUCUCAUAGAGAUUGAGGCGCGAGCUUACCUCGAUAAACAAGCAAAGUUGGAAGAAUACCGAUUGUGCCGCGCUCAAUACGAGACCUUUAUGCGACAUUACGAGCAAGGAGUUUGUGAGAGGGAUGGGUGGUGGGAGGAUGGGGUUUGGUAUACUGAGCACGCUUCAGACUGCAAACGUUGCGCGUACCGUACCAAAGCCGUUAAUAUGUCGAUAAAUGUUUACGAAUGGCCCCUUUCGAGCUCUCCACGUGAGGCUCAGGCGACGGUCUUUGAAUUGGCCCUUCCCGACAGCUUCGGCGCAUGGCGUGAUGGGACCCUUUAUGUUAUUGACGAUGUUCUUCAAAGCAUGUGCUCUCAAAACGAAAAAUUAAACUCGGAAUAUCCGUUAAGAUCAUAUGCUGGUCUCGGUGAAUUCUUCCGGUCUAAUUCUAGGCGGCGCAUUCACCUCUUGUCUGAGUCGAAGCCCCAUGUGGCCACUCACCGGAAAAAUAUUAAGAUUGGCCAUAGCACUGAAUCGGAUGUCUGUGUGAAUAAUGGACUUCAAUUGCGUUACUUCGAUGAAAAUAGGAGAACUUUUGUUGAGACAUUUACCGCUUCUACUUGGUUGUCUGAACUCUGUACUUUCAGGCUAGGCAAGGAUUUGAACCAAUUGAAGCGUUUUCUUGUUCGUACCCACGAUGAGCCAACCGGCGAGGCUCCAAAUGCAGUUAUUGCGAGUCAGGCCUUUUGCCCUGAAAAUAUGUCUCUUGGCGAGUAUAAAGCUUUAGCUACGCUACCAUUUGGAUACCGUCUACAGUGGAUGAGUAUUCUCACUCAACUCGCAAUGCCUGAUGUCGAUUUCAAUAAAUUUGAGACUGCAAUAUUCCUCCUACAGCUCAGUCUUCAAGCAGGGCCAAACGAACAUUGUACAGUUGAGAGAUGUGCACAUGGGCGACUGACGGACGCAGAAUUUGGUCGGGCAAUGCUCGAUCAGCUUCAGCUGUGCGUUUCUCGUAUAAAAGAGAAUUGGGAAUCCCACACUGCCAUGUGGAUUUUUGUCUUUCUUGCAGCUCGCCUUCUAUCGAUGACUACGACGCCUGACUUAAAUCUGGAAGUUUUUAACCUCUUGAAGAAGUGUAGAGAGAUAUCUUACGAAUGGUUGGCAAGGCUACGCUCAAGGGCGUAUGACUCGCCUAAUGAAGAUGAGAGGGUUCAGUUUUUACAGAUCGCGUUUCGAGUGUCUCUGUUAUGUGCAGACACUUUUAACGUGGACGAUGAGCUCUUGGCCUGUAUACUAAGUGAACCUCGCCAGGCGGCCAUCUUGAUCGAAAUUUCCAUCAAUAUAAAUAACAAUACUUCAUUGGUGGAAAAAGACCAAGAUGAGCUUGAGAAGAUUAUGUAUGAUAGAUGGAUUUUUACGAUGCAUCGUUCUCGGCCUAUGCUCUCGGACGAGAUUCUCUGCGGCGGAAAUUCUUGUCUUGAUAGAGCUAUAAAGCGAUGCUGGCCAGAUUUCAGUCGGAUAGGCAAAUGGAGCUUGGUUAAUUCCACUUGCAGCUGGCUUGAGACAGUAUCUGCUGAACUAAAGAUACAUGUCAACCUCCUUACCGGAGAAUUGUUGGUAAACGGGAGCCCAUUAUCUCGCCUACCUCGCAAAUACGAAGUCCAUAAGGAUUAUCAAAAGUUAUUUGGGGCCUUUGUACUGGAUGUCAUGCCUAGUUCUUCACAUGGAAUGAAAUUUUGCAGUUCUAAAGAUCUCGAAGGCUAUGUUGCACACUUCAGUAUGGAGGAUACUUUAUUCUCCGACGAAGAUCUGAUGGUACGUCUGGAUGGCCAAGAUCCGGUAUUAGAUCUCAUCCCAUCUCGAUUAUUUACCGGGUGGCUACCAAACUCAUUCAUCGAUGAUUAUACCCAUUGGUACAAUCAAGCUACGGGGAGUAUUGAAUUUCGUCCGACAGGUGACCCAUGGAAGCCAUCUACCCAAGGUUGGAUUUUAAGCCAGCAUAAACGGCACUGGAAGCUCACACGGGCUGGAAAUAUAUCACUUCUUUCACCUGGUAGCUCCUCUGCCCGCUAUAUUGCAUCCAUAUUUUCACCACUCGACACUGUGUUGCAUUUACAUAUGCUGCUUGACGCAAAGACAGGCAAUCUUGAGAUCAAAGUGACUCGGCUACAGCUUGAAUUCACGCUGAAAAAGGGGGAAUCGGUUAUCGUAUCACGGCAGUUUCGAGGGAUGCAAAUCGAUUCUAAUCAAUAUAUUGGCACGUUGAUUGGAUUUAACAGUAAGCUUGUGAUGAAAGACAUUCACAAUUCAGAAAAUAGGAUGGUGAUUAUCCCCGAAGGAAACAUCGACUUCGAAGCGAUUUCAGAGGGUCACGUGCAUGUGGACGUGGCUUAUGGUACCGCAAAUCGCGUCCAGAGAUACUUGAUUGACAAUCAACUCCGUCACUUGGUUGGCAAUGCCACGGCUCAAAGCAAGCUAUAUCUUGCUUAUAUACACGCACUCACUUCUUAUUGCAUUCCGGAUCCCUUUUUGGGUAGGACCGGAACUGAAGAGAGCCUCUCAAUUCUGGCAUCUGCGUCAAUACGAUCACUCGACUGUCUAACCCCUGACAAUGUGCAGGUACUGCAAGUUAUCGCCAACCUCUCUCCUUGUCGGGACUAUUAUCCAAAACAUAUUAAGCAUAUGCAAACGGUCCGAUGGUCGCCUGUGUUGAGUUUUAUGGCUCAAGAUUCGCGAUUCUAUAAUGUUGUGAAUAGCAUCCUUGAUAAUGUUUCAGAUAUGAGCUUCUUGUAUCCGUCUGAUGAGGCUAUUACGGUUGAACUCGCUCAUAACGAAAUGGAUCUUGUUCAUCGAGAAAUUUUUCGAAGUUCGCGCUACCAAGUGUCUGGAUUUGGCGCUGAAGACUUCAAUGUGGAUUAUGAUGUUAAGUACUCAACUAGAGAUCGAGGCCAGUCAUCGGCCGGGACUACUUAUACACUCGAAACCACAUUUCGCGUUCAUAAUAACAUCAAAACCGUGGGACAACGGGCUGGAGAAGGAUUUUUGGACAUUUUGUACGACCUUCUUUCAGGGCCUGAAGAAACUUUCGCUUCCCAGAAUAUACCUGGCACGCAAGAGAUUCAGUAUGGCGCAGAAUGGCUCAGUGACCCAAAUAUGUUCCUCCCUGCCUACUGGUGCCGAUUGCAUUUCGCUUUCCAGACAAAACCGUCCUGGAUUAGCAAAUUCCAGACCAUGAUCUGGCUCGCGACAUUGGCAUACUCCUCGAAACGCCAGACGAGUGUUCUCCAGGCUAUAAUGAUGCUUCCACUAUCGACUGAAUUAGCAGCCGUACCUUUACCCGUAGGGUCGGCAUUCAAGCUAAGUGAAGGUUAUACAGUCAAAAUGUAUCAGCUCGAGAAUCUUGUGCGUAGUGCGACUAGAGAUUUCGGCCCUGGCUGUCCCGAGAUGAAAUUAUCCCCAUACAAGAAUGAAUCUCAGAAUAACACACGACAGCGGCGAAAGACCGAGUUCAAUAAUGCAAAGGGGAGGGCGGUUACUUCCUUCGUCAACAGGCUUGCCAUACAAUGGCCGAAUUCUGACCUAGUCACGCCCAAUGAGUCUUGGUUCACGCCCUAUAUAAAGAUUUCAAGUGCAAUGGCGCUCGUUAAACAACAAUGGCGAGUUUGGCUUGAAAACUUACGAUUUAGAGAGUAUCUUGAGAGAUUUAUACUCACAUUCAAUGCUGUAGAAUUGGGGAAUGUAUAUAUUCCUCGGAUAUUGCGCCCUAUCUACCAAGCCUCAGCUACUCGUCCUCGUGGAUAUGUAUCUAUUGAUGACGUGUUUUGUAAUACAUCGCCCGUCAUCGGCAAUGCUGCACUUCUAAAUCGAAAAGCCUUACAGCAAGCAGCGGAUAUCACAGAAGAGGCGAACAAUAAGCUAGUCGACCUUCUUGAUCACUUGAGUUCACGAAUCGAAUUCGACUAUGAGCGUCAAUAUAUUUCCGAGUUACGAAAAAGUCUUCUUGAUCUCGGAGGUCUUACUACGAUGCGAUUGGAAAGGAAUGAUAUUUCCUCGCGUAGUAUGACUUUUGAGAAUUAUCUACAGCAAUGCAAAUCGUUCGUUCAAGAAUGUUAUGGCAGGUUGUUAAAAGCCGUUCUACCGGAAUCAACUUGCUCUCAUCUAGGCCCAGACGAUAGCAGCACGAUAAUACGAUCGAUCAUUUCAGCAGCUGGAUUCCAUCCUAGGGCUUGUCCUAUUUUCUUUUUACAGCAGCUCGGAAGGCAUCGGUGGCCCUCUCUCACCGAAGCAUGGCAGAAGACCAUUAUUACCUACGCAAUUGCAAUAACCAGCCUUCAACAGGCUCAACGCCUAGUAAACUUGCAAGAUAACGAAGUUGAUCUCCUCAAAGAACUUGAGAAUACCUGCAAAAGGGAAUGGGAUCCAUGCCAACAUCCAGAAUGGUUACUUUUGGAGUGCGAGAGUGGCAUCAUCAUCCGGCAUGUGCAACAUCAAAUUGCUGAGCAGAUGAUUUCACCUCAAGACAACGAGAACGCUGUGAUGCAGCUCAACAUGGGAGAAGGAAAAUCCUCUGUGAUUGUGCCAAUUGCAGCUACUGCACUCAGCAACGGCUCACAAAUCGUACGUGUCAUCGUUGCUAAACCGCAGGUUAAGCAGAUGCAUCUAAUGUUAAUGUCGAAGCUCUCCGGCCUGUUGGACCGCCCAAUAUUCCGAAUGCCCUUUUCACGAGCAGUGCAGAUGAACGAAAACAAGGCAGAGAUUGUAAAUAAAUUGGCGCGCCGAUGCAUGGAAGAAGGCGGUAUCUUACUGGUCCAGCCAGAGCACAUUCUCUCGUUCCAGUUAAUGGGACUCGAAUGCGCGAUCAAUGGACGUAAUGAAAUUGCUCGUCCUUUAUUGGAAACCCAGCGUCUUUUCAAUGUUUCCUCCAGAGACAUAGUUGACGAGAGCGAUGAGAAUUUCAGCGUCAAGUUUGAGCUAGUAUAUACCAUCGGCAAACAGAGGCCAAUCGAACAUACGCCUGAACGCUGGGUGGUAAUUCAGAAUGUACUCUCUAGAUUUGCUCGAAUCUGUUUGCAGUUGAAGACGUCUUUCCCAGAGUCCCUUGACGUCGAUGACCGGUAUCCUGAGAGGUUUCCUAGAAUCCGAAUUUUGCGUUCCGAUGCUGAGGCGGCUAUUUUGACUCGUCUUGCUGAAUUCAUCUGCAACACAGGCAUGUCUGGGUUUCCAAUUGCACAGCAAUGUACACGGUUGCGAAACGCGGUCAACCACUAUAUCAGCAAUAUUGAUCUGAAACCGAAGGAGAUUGAUGCUGUUGAACAAAGCUUGUUUUGGGGUGAGACGACUGCCGACAACAUUCUAUUACUUCGCGGGUUGUUGUCGGGUGGAAUACUCUCUUUUGCCUUUGGCCAGAAGCGCUGGAGAGUCGACUACGGUACGCAUCCUAAUCGUGAGAAGAAAACUAGAUUGGCCGUGCCAUUCAGGGCAAAGGAUAAUCCCACGCCUCGGUCAGAAUUUAGCCACCCAGAUGUUGUCAUUGUCCUCACAUGUCUGAGCUACUAUUAUAAAGGUCUUCAGGAUGAAGAGCUUUUUGAGGCAUUAGAGCUCCUCGUGAGGUCAGAUAACCCCGAUCUCGAGUACCGGGCUUGGGUGGAAUCUGCGCCAGGAUUGCCUCCUUGUUUUAGACAUCUAACGGGCAUCAACGUUCGAGAUCGCACGCAGUGUAUUAGUGAUGUUUUCCCUCACCUGCGCUAUUCUAAAGGAUGUAUUGAUUAUUUUCUUUCACGCAUAGUGUUUGCGAAGGAAUCCAGGGAAUUUCCACACAAACUUUCCGCCUCAGGCUGGGAUCUUGGCAAGAGAAAAAUUAAUCCUACAACUGGCUUUAGCGGCACCAAUGAUUCCAGGUAUAUACUGCCGAUGGAUAUAAAGCAGUUGGAUCUACCAGAACAGAAUCAUACUAAUGCGUUGGUGUUGAACCAUCUUCUUCGUUCUGAAAAUGGUAUCAUGUUAAUGCCAAAACAUAUGAAAGGAGCUAAUUUAGAAAGCGAAUCGCUUCUUGAGAUGGUAUCGCAGAUGAGCUCAAAGACUAGAGUCAUUCUUGACGUAGGCGCACAGGUUAUUGACCUUGACAACCGUCAAUUUGCCGAGGCAUGGCUCAAGCGCUAUCAUGAAGAUGACAGCGUUCAAGCUGUCGUCUUCUUCAAUGAAGCAGAUGAGUUGAUGGUUCUAGACAGAUCGAACAAGGUUGAGCUCCUACAGACAUCGCCAUUUGCUACUCAAUUAGAUCAAUGCCUUGUCUUCCUUGACGAAGCACAUACGAGGGGCACAGAUCUGCGACUGCCUACAAAUUAUCAGGCAGCAGUGACGCUCGGCGCGAAUUUAACUAAAGACAAACUUGUACAAGCAUGUAUGCGGAUGAGAAAGCUUGGACGAGGACAGUCGGUCGUGUUUUGUAUCUCAAGAGAAAUUGAACAAAAGAUUCAAGCACAGCGGGACACCAAAUCUUCUAUGGCACAAGAAAUCUUAGUAUCUGAUGUUUUAUGUUGGGCAAUAACCGAGACUUGGCGCGACCUUCGACGGAUGGUCCCGUUAUGGUUAACGCAAGGCGUCCGAUACUACGAACAAGAGUCUAUUUGGAACGACGGGGAACAAUAUUCACAUGAUAUGGAAACAUGGGCCAAGAAAUUCCUUGAAACCGAAGCUCAAAGUCUCAAGGCUCGCUAUCGACCAAAAACUGGCUCUGAAUCAGCUGAGCUAAUUAAACGAGCUAGGCCCGCCGUGAAGUUUCAGUUUCAACGUCGCUGCGAAGAAUUCGGAUUGAUGAAUUUCUGCAGUUCAUCACUUCAAGAGGAACAAGAAAGGGAGCUUUCACCCGAGACUGAGCAGGAACGCCAGGUCGAGCAGCCUUCCCCUGCUCUUCCCGAGAAACAUUCAUGCCAUCCAGAUCUCCGCUCUUUCAUUAAGCUUGGAGGAUUUCCGGUAGGAUCGGACGCGUUUAAACCUGCCUUCCAGGCUCUAAAGAGAACUUCGGCAGUCCAAUACUUCGAUAUACACGAGUUUCCUACGAGCAUAUGGGUGACUGAAGACUUUUCUAAAACUGUCAAGAUGGAGAACAUACCAGACAACGGCAUGGACCUCUUCCAGCGGCCAGUACACUGGAUUUUGACAAGUAAAUUAGAUUCUUCCUCUACCGUUAGCCGUCUCGUCAUAAUAAGUCCGUGGGAAGCGCAUCAGCUUAUGCCAUAUAUUGAGGCAUCUGAGGCAGUCACCCUGCAUUUAUAUGCGCCGAGGAGUAAUCUUGGAUUCAGGCCCCUGGAUCAGUUGGUGUUGUACACGGUGCCUCAUAGACCGAAGAAGUCAGUCAUUCCGCCUGGAAUGAUGGUUGAACUGAACAUCUUUGCAGGUCAACUAUAUUUGUCGUCGUUCGAAGAAUAUAUCGAAGUGUGCAAUAAGCUGGGCCUUGCCUGUAGCCCUGCUGAUGAUUCUGUUGUUCUCAGACCUGACGGUUUCAUCCCACCUGGGGUAAAUAGUGGGAAUCUUGUGAACAAGUCCGAAUUCAAAAAGAGUCCUGUGCAGUUUAUUAAGGUAUUGGUUACGAAAAUUCGACGGAACUGUGAAGUUGUUGAGAAGACGCAUUUAGGAAAGAUAUUGGACGGGGUUUUGUUGACAGAGGAGGAUUUCGAGGAAGAUGUUGAUUGAAGUUUGCAAUACUAUAUUAUAUUGAUUUUUUUUCAACUUACUCAAUUUGCUCUGAGAGAUGAGAGGUUACUUGUAAUGUUAUUAGACGGUGUAGCGCUACUGUAUCUGAAUGGAAACUAGAAAUUGAUGAG